AUGGGAUGCGACUAUUACAGCCCACCGGCUCCAGCCCCCGAGCCUGAUGUUAAGUCACUCGCGACUCCAGGUGAGAAGACGAGCAGUUGCCAGGAUCCUUGCUGCGAUAUUGUCGACGGUGAGCCUCUCGACACCAUGGCCUCGGGUCAGAAAGAGCUCACCCCGGAGAAACCGGAUGAUUGCUGCUCUCCUGGCAAAUGUGCGGACAGCGAAACCGAAAAUUAUACCGACUCGCCUGACUGCUGCCGUGGCAAAGUCAGCCCAUGCUGCGACACGGCUUGCCUUGAUCGCUUGGCUAUGCGGGAAUGCGAGAUGAGUGCUACGGCUGCACCCGGCCUAAACGGUAAGCCAAACAAUGAACCUACCGACCGCAAGGCAUGCAGCCAACAUCGUCUCUCUGCCCUCGACCGCUAUGGCGCUACUCUACAAGCUCUGGGGUGUAUCUGCCGCGCUCUCAUCGCUCUUGGCCAGGAAACCUGCUGUGAAAUUCGCGAGCGACAGUCAUUGGACGGGAAGCAGCGGUCUGAGAAGCCAUCUACUCGCUCCCUUCGUACUUCACUGGAUUCAUGCUCAAGCAACGGCUCCGUCACCAAUGACCAGGCCGCGCAGAGCCAUAUUCGCCUGCGGAGGGGUUCUCGUGAAAGCAAAGAGUCUGUCAAGAAGGCGUCCACGAAUGUGUGCGUUGUCUCUUUUUGCUCGAAGGACAAGCCGGCCAAAGACCCUCCUGUCAAAGACAAGUGCUCGAAGCCGUGCUGCGCCAUCACAGACGUAGAGAAUCAAGGUACUGGCAAGGAACAUGUUAUUCUCAGAAUUUCUGGCAUGACUUGUACUGGUUGCGAGACAAAGCUCAAACGAAUCCUCGUUACUCUCCCGGCCGUUAAAGACCUGAAAACCAGUCUGGUUCUCUCACGAGCCGAGUUCAAUAUUGAUCUACGCCUUGGCUCAGUGGAGGAAGUCGUGAAACAUCUACAGCGAACCACUGAAUUUAAGUGUGAAAGAGUCCAGAACCAGGGAUCUAGCCUAGAUCUUAUCGUCCCUGAUGAGCCCUCGAAAUUCAUCAGUCAGACGUGGCCAGACGGAGUUCUUGACAUAGCACCUGUGGACAGGCAGACUUUGCGAGUUACGUUCGAUCCGAAGAUUGUGGGAGCUCGAGACCUUACUCAGAAGAUUUGGGGUCCGCCAAUUGAACUUGCUCCUGCACGCGGUAACCCUUCGCUUGAGGCUGGCAGCAAGCACGUCCGUCAUAUCGGGUACACGACGCUUCUCUCCACUGUCUUCACGAUUCCGGUCCUGGUCAUGGCAUGGGCUUCGUUUCCUGAGAGGAAAGUGGCAUAUUCCUCGGCUUCACUCGCCUUGGCCACGAUUGUUCAAGUUGCCAUAGCAGGGCCUUUCUAUCCCAAGGCCCUGAAGGCUCUCAUUUUCUCGAGCGUUAUCGAGAUGGACCUCUUGAUCGUCUUGAGCACCAGUGCUGCCUACAUCUUCUCGGUGGUCUCCUUUGGGUACCUUAUUGCGGGACGACCCCUUUCGACUGGUCAAUUCUUUGAAACGAGCACUCUCUUGGUCACCUUGAUCAUGGUUGGUCGAUGGGUUGCCGCUCUCGCUCGUCAGAGAGCUGUUGAGUCUGUUUCUAUCCGGUCACUUCAGUCAAUGACAGCUAUUCUUGUCGACCAAAAUAGCAGAACGGAACGUGAGAUAGACGCCCGACUCCUUCAAUACGGCGACACCUUCAAGGUUCUCCCUGACACCAGAAUCCCGACCGACGGCACCGUCAUCCAUGGGUCGUCUGAGGUUGACGAAUCUAUGCUCACCGGUGAAUCUAGACCGGUGGAGAAAUAUCCCAAGUCUGUGGUGAUCGCUGGGUCUAUCAAUGGGUCUGGAGUUAUGACCGUUCGACUGAACCGCCUGCCUAAUGAUAACACCAUCAAUGCUAUUGCUGCGAUGGUCGACGAGGCCAAACUGUCGAAACCCAAGCUGCAGGAUCUCGCAGACUGGGUUGCAUCCUACUUCGUCCCGGUAGUGCUGGUAUUGACAAUCAUCACGUUCGUCAUCUGGGUUGCGGUAGGAAUGACUAUUCGUGGAUAUAAUGGAUCCGAAGCUAUAAUUCAAGCCAUCACCUACGCCAUUACUGUCCUCAUCGUCUCUUGCCCCUGCGCUAUUGGACUGGCUGUUCCUAUGGUCAUUGUGAUUGUCAGCGGAGUUGCGGCGGAAAAGGGUAUCAUCUUCAAGUCAGGAGAUGCUAUUGAAGUGGCUCAUAAGACGUCUCACGUCGUGUUUGACAAGACUGGGACCUUGACUCGGGGAAAGCUUUCCGUGGUCACGAAGGACUGCGACAAUGUGGACAAGCUCCCGCUUCUUCUUGCCCUCAUCGAGAACAGUCGACAUCCAGUCUCUGUUUCCGUGGCUGCUCACCUCAAGGAUGCUGGAGUUAUAGCUUCGACUGUUCCGGAGCCCAAGAGCCUUACUGGCAAAGGUGUUGAAACCACCUUCGGUGGCCGGAAACUUCGAGCAGGCAAUUCUCGCUGGCUGAAUUUAUCGGAAAAUGAACUUGUUCGACCAAUGCUUGCUCAAGGGUACACUGUCUUCUGCUUUACUAUCGAUAAUAUGUUACAGGCGGUCUAUGGUCUUGAAGAUGAGCUUCGACCUGACGCUGCAUGGACGAUUAAGGCCUUGCAGAAGCGUGGUGUCUCGGUACAUGUCGUUUCUGGCGACGAUGACGGAGCUGUUCAGUCUUUGGCAUCCAAGCUUAGCAUUCCUGGCGGCAAUGUGAGUUCUCGAAGCUCGCCCGCCGACAAGAAGGACUACAUCCAGACGCUCCUUGCUACCAGCAUAGAUCGUAAGAAACCGGUUGUUGUUUUCUGCGGUGACGGCACGAACGAUGCCGUUGCUCUCGCACAGGCUACGAUCGGUGUCCACAUGAACGAAGGCACUGAUGUCGCGCAAUCCGCCGCGGAUGUGGUUCUCAUGCGGCCAUCUCUGGCUGGUAUCCUCACUAUGAUGGAUGCCAGUCGGAAAUCUGUCAGCCGCAUCAAGUUCAACUUUAUAUGGAGCUUCGUGUACAACACCUUUGCAGUCCUUCUGGCUGCGGGUGCUUUUGGCAAUGCGAGAAUUCCUCCAGAGUUUGCGGGGCUGGGAGAGUUGGUGAGUGUGUUGCCAGUCAUUGCUGCUGCGCUGCUUCUGCGCUGGUCGACGAUCUAG